UGCCUCUAGCCCCCCGCAACUCCCUUCCGCCUCGUACGCUUCUGCUAGAACAACUUCAGAGAAAAACUUGGACAUCUGGCGGUAUAGCAGCAUUGUGGUUUCACAGUUUGCGACUGGGCGACGACCAGCGGGUUGUGUGGUGUUAAGUGGACUAGGCCAAGAUGCCAAACAAAGGGAUGGAAGAUACCGACCAAGAACAGAAGACAAUUAAAGAUCCGUAUAAACGAAGCCAUUAAAGAAGUACAGAAUUACUCCAACGAAUUCGCCGAAAAGUUUAUAAAAAAGAGAGAGAGAAAGAAGAAAAAAAAAAGCCAAACAUUAAUUAAUAAAAAAAUAAAAUAAAUAAAAUUAAAAACAUUAUUUCCAAGGUUCAAUACAGGAAAAAAAGGAUUAAUAAUCGUUAUCAUGUGCAUGGACAUGUAUGAGAGAAUGCCUCGAUCGAUUAUUUCCCGCCAAUGAGCUUUAUCGCUCUUUCUGUCGGCUGCCGGCUUUAGCAGCAGACGAGAGUUGUAUUUGUGUGUUUGUGCGAGUGAUUCACGGAAUGGUUGACCCAGAGUUUCCCCCGUUUCACAAUGGUAAAGUGGCACCAACCGAAACACGUGCUUCAGUGUCGUACAGUAGGAUGAUCUAUUAUACGUGUACAGCGACACCACAGCGUUUGACGACUUCCAGAAUAUUGCUCACACAAAGGCGAGCCGAUUCACUCUGUUGAGAAAGAUAAUAUUCCAUCCUAUAUUUGCAGUGUUUGUGUGUGUGUUCAUCUGUGCGGGGGAUAUUAGUGGUUAUCGACCUGUCAUCCUAUCAGAUAAUUUUAGAAACAGAAGCGGUGGUGGAUGUAGUCACGGUGUUUGACACACGGGAUACCUAGGUGCAGCAAACGUCGUCCAUUACGCGGACUAUUACUACAAGAAAAAACAGUUCUGAGAUCGAAAAUGGAUUCUGUUGUUAAUUGAAAGUAAGUUUUGGGUUCAUUCUUUAGCAGUCAUGUCGACCAUCCGAAGGGCUUACAUGGAGCUUUCCAGUGGGAUACGGGGUCUACGUCUACACAGGGAACAACCACAGCCACAACAACAGCCCCAGCCCCAGCCCCAGCCCCAGUCUCAGCCCCAGAAUAGCAGUUCUUCUCUACUGGACAGCCUACAUCGGACAUCUAACGGGUCCACGGUGUCAAAUACAAAAGUGUCUCACUCUCCGAAAGCCGGCUUUGUUCGCAGGCUCAAGGCCUUGAAUGGUCGCGCAGCACCACAGAAUAUUCAGGAUUUAUUGAAUGAUGAAAAUUUCCUUUCUCAGUUUUUCUACUAUUUCUCCGCCGAGGAGAGAGGUGUCAUGUCACGAGUGUGCAGAAAGUGGAAGAAACUGUUAUACCAUCCCAAGUACUGGGUAGACGUGACGCCGGUCGUAUAUCUGAAAGGGUGGAGCAAAGACCCGACAGUGAGGCGCCACUUCUACGAAAGUCUUCAACUCAGGGCUUUUGAUUCCAUUUGUUUAUUCGGCGCUAACGACGAGGACAUAGCGGAUUUCGUGAACAACUUCCCCCCAUGCAAGAAGAACCUCCGCUCCAUCAGUAUUAGGUGUUCCAACGUGACGGACAUCGGGAUAGAGACGUUCUUCAAGAAGAUGCCUUGCAUCCACCGGGUGGAGAUAUCGGGCUGCAACGAGAUAACGGAGACGGGCCUGUGGUCGUCGUUGAAUCCCAAGAUCGUCUCCCUCAGCAUUAGCGACUGCAUCAACGUGGCAGACGACACGAUCGGUGCCAUCGCCCAGCUCCUGCCCUCCCUGUACGAGUUGAACCUCCAGGCCUACCACGUGACGGACGCGGCUCUGGCAUUCUUCAGCGCAAAACAGAGUUACACCCUCAGCAUCCUUAGGCUCCAUUCGUGCUGGGAGAUUACGAAUCACGGAAUUGUAAAUAUUGUUCAUUCCCUCCCUAACCUCACCGUUCUGAGCCUGUCCGGGUGCAGCAAGGUCACGGACGAUGGCGUCGAACUAAUUGCUGAGAACUUAAGGAAACUACGUGUCCUUGACCUUGCUUGGUGUCCACGCAUCACGGACGCCUCGCUGGAAUAUAUUGCAUGUGACCUGGGUCAACUAGAAGAGCUCGUAUUGGACAGGUGUAAACACGUGACGGAUAUUGGGAUCGGCUACGUCUCCACGAUGACGUCACUGGUCAAGCUGUAUCUACGCUGGUGCACGCAGGUCCGCGACUUUGGUCUACAACACCUAUACUCCAUGAGGAACCUCCGGGUUUUGUCUCUUGCAGGGUGUACUGAAAUCAGCAGUAGCGGCCUGUAUGGGUUAACUAGACUGUACAACCUGACCGAGCUCGAACUAACCAACUGUCCAAGUGCCUCCGGUGUCGUCUGCCAGUUCCUCAGAGAAAACAUGAGACGAUGCCUUGUGUUGGAGUAGAUUCGGAACUUUCUUCACUUUGCGCUUUCUGGACAUGAGGCGAUGCCUUGUGUUGAAGUAGAUUCGGAACUUUCUUCACUUUGCGCUUUCUGGACAUGAGACGAUGCCUUGUGUUGAAGUAGAUUCGGAACUUUCUUCACUUUGCGCUUUCUGGACAUGAGACGAUGCCUUGUAUUGAAGUAGAUUCGGAACUUUCUUCACUUGGCGCUUUCUGGACAUGAGACGAUGCCUUGUGUUGGGGUAGAUUCGGAACUAUCUUCACGUGGCGCUUUGUAAACAUGAGACGAUGCCUUGUGUUGGAGUAGAUUGGGAACUAUCUUCACUUGGCGCUUUAUCAACAAGAUCAUGAGACGAUGCCUUGUGUUGUGUGUAGAUUGGAAACUCUCUUCAAGUGGCGCGUUCUCAACAAGGACGACGACUCCUAGGACCUAGGCUGGUAUAAGCUGUGCAGUCUCAGCAUCCCGUGCACGAGUUCUGUCUUUCCCUCUUCCUUUUCUUCCUUUACUUAUUACUGUUACCAUUCAAAUGUCCAGAAAUUAUGAAGACAUACCUAAGCUUUUUAACGUUCUUAAUGCCUUCACUAUCAGAUAGUGAUACCUCGUGAUGUAAAACAGUCAUUUCCACAAACUGUCUCAGCCAAAGAAGACUUGCACCAAUAGACGGACAUCGAUCAGCU